UUAACAUAAAUGUUCUUUCCCAUCUCUUUAAGCAAACUUGUUUCUUUGUCUUCUCUUUAUAUCUCCAUUAGUUUCUUUAACUUCCUUUAUAUAUUUCCUCAUAAAUUUUCCAAGAUCCUUAAGACUUCUUGAUUUGGGUUUUACCCAUUAACAAUUCUUGAUUAUUUUUUUUGGCUUAAAAAUCAAAUCUUUAAGUCAAGAAAAGAAAUAUGGGUGUUGGAAUAUCUGUUCUUAUAGGUCUAAAAUCAGCAAGUUUAUUCAUAUUAUUUGCAACACUUAAGAAUAAUGGUUACACAUUAUUGUCAAUACCAUGUUUAUAUGCAUCAUUAGUAUCAUUCUUGGUUGCACUUGCUGCUAAUCCAUCAAUUAAUCUUCCAAUUUUAUUAGGAAAAAGUUCAGAUGGGACAUUUCCAAUGUGGUCACUUGUUAUGUUUAGUCCAUAUUUGUAUUUUGUUAGAGGUUUUUCAGCAUUAAGAAGAAUGUUUAGUGGUGAACCACCAUAUAGUGAGAUAUUUGAAGGGAUAUAUGUUGGUGGUUGGCCUUGUUCACUUGAUAAAUUGCCACCUGGUAAUCCUGCUAUUAUUGAUUGUACUUGUGAGAUGCCUAGGAUGUUGGAGUUUACUGGAAAUCAUGCAUUUUUGUGUAUACCAACUUGGGAUACAAGAGCACCUCAACCAGCUGAUAUUGAAGUUGCUGUUAAAUGGGCUUGUAGAAAAAGAGCUCAGAAUAUACCUGUUUUUAUCCAUUGUGCAUAUGGUCAUGGAAGGAGUGUUGCAGUCAUGUGUGCGCUGUUAGUAGCUCUUGGUCUAGCAGAAGACUGGAAAAAUGCUGAGAAGUUGAUCAAAGAAAAGCGGCCAUAUAUACGCAUGAACGCUCUGCACCGUAAAGCUUUGGAAGAAUGGUCGAAGGAUCGGCUCUCUUCUCCUAAAAGUGGAGCUAGUUCUGUAAUUUUGUCGAGUGCCAACGAUCGCUCCUGAUCAAUUGACUGCAGUUGCAAGGACAAGUGACCUUUCCUCCAACAGUCAAACUAUAGAUGACUUGCUGA